ACAUAACCUAACAUAAUAAUAAAUAGGAAUAAUGUAAAUAAAUGUUCCUAACUAUAUAAAAUUUUAAAUUAAAAAUAAUAGUUAGGUGCUAACAUAACAAAUUAUCAAUAUGUCUAUAUGUGGAAUUUGUGGGUCAAAACAUGUCCCAGCAGAAUGCGAUUUAAUAGAAGUUACUUCUCAUAUUCCUGAUAGAAUCAUUCCCUCCAGGGCAAGACUGACCAUGCCAGAAGCUCUAGAAUUAAGAAAGUUAGCAGAUGGUACUUAUGAUGUUGCUGCGUUGUAUCCUUUUGAAAAGGGAACACAAUUUGGACCCUUGGUUUGUAAAAAACUGUGUUCCUUACUUCCUGCUAUUAAUUUCCCAUUAAGGGUAUUUUGCGAAAGAGGAUCAGAGGAUGACACCUUUUCGGAGUAUUAUUUGGAUACUACUAAUGAAAGUGAGUGCAAUUGGAUGAUGUUUGUAAGUGCAGCAGCUGAUUUUGAAGAACAAAAUAUUAUUUGCUAUCAGGAUGGAGAAGAUAUUUAUUAUGUAACAGUUAAAGACAUAUGCGAAGGAGAAGCUUUAAAAGUUUGGUACUCACCAUAUUAUGCUGCAAAAAUGGAAAAGAAAACCUGGAAACCUAGUAGCAAUGACGAGAAUCAUAAUGUGACAGAGAAUUCUGUAGUUGAGCAGUUAGUGAAAAAUAAAAAGGAUAUAUCUGCAAGGGAAAUAUGGAGUUGUAAGUUUUGUGGUAAAACUGAGAAGUUACUGUCAGAGUUUGCUUUACAUUUGAUUCAACAUUAUCGAAUGAAGGCAGAGACGUUUUGUAACGUAUGCAACUUUCAGUUUAAUAGAGUUAAGACGUACCAAGAACAUAUGAAACGGAUUCAUAAGACUGACGCAGUACUAUUACCUACAGAACAACAAGCAGCAGUGUUACCGACACCUGAAGAACCCAUUCCUGACUCACUAUCACAAAACACUUCCAUUGGUGGCCCUCUAAUGUUUACCUCACUUCUUGGAGAUAGUAUGGACAACACAAUGCUUAUAUUUACUAAAUCGGAUAGUAGUAGUAUAGACCAAAAUCGAAGAGGAAGUCAAAACAAUAAUAAUUUAGGUGUUGAAGUUUUGACUGUAAAAGUAGAACCUACCCGUUGUGAGAAUGUCAAAGUAUUAGAUAAUUUUAAUUUCGAAUUAGCAUCGAAUGGAAAUGAAAGACUUAUCUGUGAUAUAUGUUUAAGUGAUUUCGAUAGUUUGAAAGAGCUCAUUACUCAUAUGAAUAUCCAUUCGAAAGGCCCUGAAGCGACGGUUCAUGAUAAGGUAUCAAAAAAGACCAACAAAGCUACUCAUUUAAGAAAUAUAGAAACUAAUGAACUAUUAAAACAACCAUCGAUUAUACAAAAAUCGAUCCCAAGCCUUCCGGAGUUGCAAACCAAAGAUGCUUAUUUUGGCGAUCCUUUUCUACUUACUGGUUUACCCAGCGACAAUAUUGACAUGGGCAACACAACUCUAAUUCUCAACUCAAACCACAUCGUUCUAAAUGAGAUAAAAAACGAAAAUGACCUCUUCGAGAGUGAGAAUAUGAACUUGAAUGUAGAAAUGAUACUUCCGGAAAACGUCAAGCAGUUGGAUAACUUCAACUUUGAGAUUGCUCCUAACGAAAACGAACAACCUGUCUGUGAUAUUUGCCUCAAAACUUUUAAAAACAAGAAGAUGUUGGUUCUUCACAUGAACGUCCAUGCGGGGAAAUUCGUUUGCUUCGAAUGUAAUAAGGUUUUCACUCGCAACGAAAAUCUCAUUUACCAUAGUUGUACAACCUACUACAAGUUAAAAUGCCACUUAUGCGAAAGGCUCUUCUCACAAGAAAAGGCUCUUAAUUUUCAUAUCAAAACUCGUCAUACUAUCAAUUGCAAACGUUGUAAAACUAUUUUUUCAUCUGAAGAAGAGAAGAAAGCUCACAACUGUCCAAAGAAAGCUCCGUCGAAGCAACAUACUUGUACUAUAUGUUCGAAGGUAUUUAAUUUUAAGAACAACCUUUACACCCAUAUGAAGACUCAUGAGUCAAAUCCGUCCGAACCAUUAUAUACUUGUCCUACGUGUAACAAGGUAUGCAAGAACUGGAAUAUUUAUUUUAGGCAUCGAAAGCUUCACGAAGGAUUGAAAUAUAAAUGUGAUAUGUGUGAUAAGACAUUUAACCGAAGCGACAGCUUAAAAUUGCAUAAGGAUGAUCAGCAUUCAUUAGAUGAAGCCAAUAAGGUAAGCUGCGAAACUUGCCAAAAGGAUUUCAAAAACAAAAAGUUGCUCAAGCUGCAUCAAAUAACACACCUGGAUAACUCCUACAAUUGCCAGCAUUGUUCAUCUGUGUUCAAGACCCAAAAAUAUCUCAAACGUCACAUAAAACACGUACAUGAUAGUUACAAAGUUAUUGAGUCGCUUGUAUCGUGUAUUGACAAGCAAUAUUCUUGUCCAAAAUGUAACAAAAAGUUUAAACUUCGCCAUUCCGUUGAACGACAUGUCAAAAACUUCCACCCAGAAUAUAGCCUGGAAUACAAAAAUAAUAGCAAAAUGAAAGGACUGGAAAAUAAGAGACAGGCUAAUCUGUCGAGACAAGUGGAGGAUCUAAAGAGGACAAUUGACAACAUGAACUUCACUACAGACGAAAUCAACCAGGAUAAUACCAUGGAGAUUUUGUUUAAUAACUCAGAUAUAUUUACUAGCGACAGUAACGACAGAUUGAUGGAGAGUUUGAUUAAUACAGCAGUCAGCGAGAAUAAUCUGGACGAUAAGGACCAUCAGCAGGAUCCGAUGUUGUCUAUGCCAGAUUUGGAUCUGGAUCACAUUGGUUUGAGGACUAAUGUUAAGUCAUAAGUUACUAAACUGUGUAAAGUUCCAAGUGGUAAAAAUGCAAACAUUUAUAUUUAUGAGUAUAGUUCACAAUUUCUUUGUACUCUUCUUCAACAUACAGUGGAACCUCGAUAACUCGGAUUAAUCGGGACCGCGGCCGAUCCGGGUUAUCGAAAAUCCGGGUUAUCGAAAAUCCGGGUUAGCCGGAGAAUAUGGUAAACAUUAAUAAAAUACGGUAUACUUGCAGAUAAACUCCGUUAUAAUUUAAAUAACAUGAAAUAUAUAUGCACAGUACACAUCUAAAUUACGUAUAGUUGUAUAGAGUAUUGUUCAUUUCUUCACUGGUAAACCACGUUCGCGUUCCGCACAGAACCACAAGCGUCGUCGAGAGUCUCAUUUUUAGCUUUAUUAGUUUUGCACCGGCACCGACUGUCCAAACUGUCUUUUGUUAUUUGUUAUCAUUUUGAAACAAAAUUCUUCGAUUUUAGUUCUAUUUUUCUUCCAAUCCGAUACUGUAGAUAUACCGACACCAUUAUGAUGCUGCAAUUGUUUUUAAAGAUUCGCCUUUAUCAAUCCUACCUAAUGCUUCUAGUUUCUUUUCCAUUGUCACUACAACAUUUUUACGUUUUGUUGCCAUUACGUAGACAAAAAAUACGCAAUCACAAACUUAUCUGAAGCACGAUUACAUAACGGAAGCGAACAAUACGACUGUGUAGUACUAUACACAAUGUGGUCACAAUCGCAUGUUAUUUAAGAACAGACUAAGACCUUUGUUUAAAAAAGAAUUUUUUAACUAUGUAGUCUUUUAGUAUUUUUUAAACAAUGAUAAUACAGUUUGAAAUAAAUAGAUGUACAAAAAAGGAAUAGCAGGUGUCUGUUGUUUCCGAUAAUCGGCUCUGCCGCCGUGUGCCAUGAGUCAUUUUUACUAUCGUUUAGUUCAAAUUAUACAAAUACCCCUUAUCUCUCAAAUAUUAUAUUACAUACAUUUUUAUUGUUGAAAUGUUUGUCUGAUAAAAAUCGGUCCGGGUUAGCCGGACUUCCGGGUUAUCGGGGGCCGACUUAUCGGGGUUCCACUGUACUUGUAUUACAUUUUAUUAAUAGUCGAGAAAAUGUAGCAUUACACCUCUAACUUUUUCUAAAGUUUCAGGAAAAUUCUUGACCAUUUUUAAUGAGGGACAAAUGAAAAUUGUAUUGUUGUAGGUGGAAAAUGAAUUUUCCAAAGUACAUCUCAAAGUGUUCAAAAAAUAAAAAUUCACAACUCGGAAAAUAAUCAUGGAAAUAAGUUCAAUUUUUAUACUUGGGGGUUUUUGGGGUCGCUGAACAGGAAUAUCGGGUCGGCGAAACUGGUGCCCGGUAACUACAUUGUCUCCUGGAGUUUUAUGGAGAUUCGUUAUGAAAAUACUUGAAAUUUAUUAUCCCGGGGUUUUUGAGGUAUCUAAACAAGAAUAUCGGGCCGGCGAAGCUGUAAGAGGUAGCUGGUGCCCGGUAUCUACAUCGUCUCCUGGAGUUUUAUGGAAAUUAAUUAUGAAAAUAGUUGAAAUUGUAUAUCUCGGGGUUUUUGAGGUAGCAGAGGACACGAAUCUUGUAUCGAAGAUGCUGUACAAGAUACCUGAUGCCCGGUAUCUACGUCAUCUCCUGGAAUUUUUUGAAAAUUUGGUUUAAAAAUAGUUGAAAUUUAUUAUUUCGGGUUUUUUGAGAUCGUUGGAACGAAUAUUGCAUCGAAGCUGCCGUAUGAGGUACCUGGUGUCCGAUAUCUAAGUCGUCUCCUGGUGGAAUGUUAUGGAGAGUCGUUAUAAAAUUUUCAUAAUGAAUUUUCACAAAAACUCCAGUAAGCGACGUAGAUAACGGGCACCAAGUACCUCGUACGGCAUCUUCGAUACAAUAUUCGUGUCCAGCGAUCUCAAAAACCUCGUGAUAAUAAAUUUCAACUAUUUUUAAACCGAAUUUUCAUAAAACUCCAGGGGAUGACGUAGUUACCGGGCACCAGGUACCUCUUACAGUAUCGCCGAAGAAAUAUUCGUGUUCAGCGAUCUCAAAAACCUCGGGAUAACAAGUUUCAAUGAUUUUCAUAAUGAAUUUCCAUAAAACUCCAGGAGACGACGUAGAUACCGGGCACCAAGUGCCUCUUACAGUUUCGCUGACCCGAUAUUCGUUUUCAACGAUCACAAAUAGCCCGACUAUGAAUAUUGAACUCAUUUCUACGUUUAGUUUCCGAGUUGUGCACUUUUUUUUGAACAUUGUGAGAUGCAAUUUGGAAAAUGCAUCUUCCGACUACAACAAUGCAAUUUUCAUUUGUUCCUCAUGCCAAGUGGUCAACAAUUUUCCUGAAGGUCUCCCGAAUCAAAUGCAAAAGGUUUCAUAACGAUCCGUAUUACAUUAAAAAAGUUAGAGGUUUAGACAAUUUUAGUGCUUUACAUCCUCGUCUAUAAGACUUUUUUUGUAAGUUUUUUUAUUUUAAUAUAGUUGAUUCCCAAGCAUAUGUUGAUUAAAAUAUUGCAUCUAAAUUCCGUGACCCGUCAAAAUAGCCCGGUCAAAACAGCCCCGUCAAAAAGCCCCGUCAAAAUAGCCCGGUUACAAAAUAGCCUCGACAAAAUAGCCCGUAAACAAAAUAGCCCCGACAAAAUAUAUCGUACACAAAACAGCCCCGGUCAAGACAGCCCCGGCGACAACACCCCCAAUAAAAAGUUUUACCUUUUAACGGAGUAUCUACCAUUUAUUUUAAAUCACUAUGCUAAUUGGGAAAUAAGCCACAAUUUAACUUAAAAAAAAUUAUUCUAUUAACGUUUCGACUUCCUUUUCGGACGUCGUUGUCAAAAUACAAAAUAUUAAUAAAUUAAACAAAAAUGUUGUUGCUUGGUAAAAAAAUUCUUAUAAUAAUUAAAUUUAAUCUGACUCAUUCAUAUCUGCAAUUCAGACAUAGAUUAUGGUGCAAAUGAUAGGAAUAAAUUCAUUAUUUCGUAAACCCGCGAUGUUAAGGAAAAGUCCUGAAACAGGUCGAUUUUUAUUUUUAAAAUUACGAUAUUUUGGUAUAUAUGUCAUACUAUUGACGUCAUCCAUCUGGGUGUGAUGACGUAGUCGAUGUUUUUUUUAAAUGAGAAUAGGGGCCGUGUGCUAGCUCGUUUGAAAGGUUGUUUAAUUCUCUAUUCAGUAAUAUAAACAUUUACAUAAUUAUUUAUACAAGGUGUCCAAAAACGUUUUUUUAAUUUAAAUUAUUUGACAUAAUAAGAAGAAUGUAUGUACUGUACACAUUGUUUCAAAAUACAUUUUACUACUGUCAGAAAUCAGACAAAAAUAUUUAUAUCACAAAUAAACAUUCAUUUUCGCUUAAAUUAAAUAUUCAAACUUCCAAGAGUCAGAUGGCU